AUGCCGUCUUCUGAAAUAAGCUCUUCCUCGUCCACGUCUUAUUUCUAUUCCCAGUUCUUCCUGCCUGAUCUCGUCUGCUCCCUACAGCCACCAACACCGCUGCCUCUGCUCUCUCCUCCUACCGAAUCAGUUGCACCGGGAUCUACUGAUAUCGUUAAAAUGGCCGAGUCAAUUACCAGCCUCCCGGACAGCCGCCCCACCGGCGGCCGCAAGAACAGCACCAGCAAAGACCACCCAGAGGACGAGCUGGACUCCUCCGCCCCUUCUGCAGCCGAGAACCUCCCGACGGACCCCCCUGCCGCUGCCGCCGCUGCCGCCGCCGCUGCCGCCACCAACACCACAUCCCAGGGCCUGGUGCCGAACAGCGGGAUGAAGGCGCCCGGGCCCACGCAGGAGGAGGACGGCAAGGAGAGUCUCCGGAUCCGGAUCCAUUUGAAUCUCCACGCAAAGGUCAAGUUGGAGUUGGAUGCGCAGCUUUAUGGGGAUGUUGUGAUUGGGUUGUUGUGA